GUUUCCCUUUUCGUGUCGUCGCGUUGAUGAUAAAAUGCCGAGAUUCGACGAUUGCUUGUGCUUUUUCACGUGAUUUGUGCGGACCUGCGGGUGUGAUGCGCAGUGAUUUGUGGUGCUAGCUGGUCGUUCGUCGCGUCUGAGGUCGAAAACGUUUGUUGUUGUUGUGUGGGUGCCGAGAUCCGUUGGUGGUUUCCAUCCGUACUCCACAGUAGUUGGGGGAGCGUUAUCUCGUCGGGGCAGGCCUUGACACUGCGCCCUGAGCAAAGAGGAACGCUGCCAUGCCGCUGCUGUACUGCGUGGUCGCGCGAGGCAGCACAGUGCUGUCUCGUUACGCUAGCUGCGCGGGCAACUUCUCCGAGGUCACCGAACAGAUCCUGGGCAAGAUCUCGCCGGACGUCCCCAAGCUUACCUACUCCCAUGGAAGCUACUUGUUCCACUACAUCCUUGAAGAUGGCAUUACAUAUCUCACCAUUACUGAUGACGAAUUCGAAAGGGUCACAGCAUUCCAGUUCUUGGCGGACAUUCAAGGCAGGUUUCAAGCCAGCUAUGGCCGUCAAGCUCAUUCGGCUCUUGCCUAUGCGAUGAACAGCGAAUUCUCACGGGUACUGGCAAACCAAAUGAAACACUACUCGGGCAUUGGAAAGGACGCCGACAACAUAACCAAAGUUCAGGAGGAAAUUGACGAACUCAAGGGCAUCAUGGUGAAGAACAUCGAUACGGUAACAUCCAGAGGAGAAAGGCUGGAACUGUUGGUCAACAAAACGGAAGCCUUGUCAAGCACGUCGGUGACUUUCCGAAAGAGCAGCCGCAACCUCGCCCGAUCCAUGAUGAUCAAGAACAUCAAAAUAGCCAUCAUUAUUGCGGUCAUAGUUUUGGUGGUGAUCUACAUCAUCGUUUCGUCGGCGUGCGGCGGUCUAAGCUGGCCAAGCUGUGUGUGAGGGACGUCCUGGCUAUCGCGACACGCUCCUUGCAUGCAUUCGUGUUUGGCGUCGUUUGUCCCACACACGUCCCCCCCUCACAUGUUGUCGUUGUUUAUAUUCGGUUACAAACGUUUUGUGCAUGUAACGUUAGGCUAAUUGCGUCGCCCGCCGUCAAACGCACGACUGGCUGGGGUUGUUUGCAACGUCUCGGCUUCUGGCAAGCUGCGGGCGAAGAACGAUUGUACAGAGUGCUUUUUUUGCUCUUUCCCACCACUACCUUGUACGAUAUUUUCCACACGUGCUUCAACACAUACACACAGUAUGUACCUAUGUUAAUACAAACAGCGCAAGCGAUAACACGUUAUUACGCUUUAGCGGGAAUGAAAUUAUUUGCCGCUCAAUCCGUUGUUGGGGUUCACGUUUAAAUGCCUGCGCAAGCCUUUUCUGUUACUGCACGGAAAUACUAUUGUGUAAAUUUAAUGCCUCGUGUGACAACUUUGUGCAAUUUUUCGAUAGCUCGUGUGUGCAGUGUGCAGUACAGUAAUACUUUAGUCCAAUUUAUAUAAUUUUUUAAACGUUUACACUAGGUGCUUUUUUGGAUGCCGAAUGCCAGAAUAAAGUGAAUUGAGCUGCCUGCAUAGACUGAGUGCUUGACUGAAAUGCCAGAAAUAAAAAUGGUUCUGCACUGCGUGCAUUGUUGUACAUAGCGGGCUGGGAACAGCGAGUGUUUUUUUGUGCUGUAUAUUCAUGUGUUUUCAAGCAAGUAAUAAAUAUUAGCUCUU